UUUUUCUACGGACGACGCCUUCGCAUCUUUAGCUUCUUUGGCCGAUCAGCCCUAGCUCUUGUCAGUCGUCGUCGAACAUUCGUACCGCUCAGUCGUCGCCCAGCGGAUGUCGCACACCAAAUAUCCAAGAGAUAUACAUAUAUUCGUAAAAGUACACUCGAGAAACACGCUCAUGUGCGCGUCGGCUUUAAGUGAAUAUAAUUGAAGUCCAAGUGAUAUAAAUAUAGUGGGAUAAACUCUUUCUCCAACCACGACACGUGCCGGGCACACUUCACCCCGAACUGCAAUCGAACGGAGGUGGCAUUUAAUUAGCGAAAAAUAGCACACUCACCUUUGGGUGAAAGCUUUAGCAAUGAGCUGCCUGCACUUAAAGAACUUUAAACGCGUCAAGUGGUCGCAAUCUUUACCAAGGAGUUAAGCACCUAACUAUCGUACCAUAAAUACAAAUUGUAUUGUCUCUGCAAUUAAAAUCUAUUAGAAGGUGGUUAAGAAGAGGAGCUUUUAGAAUGGUGCUGCUGUGUGUGGUGGUGGCCUUGGCCCUCCUGCUGGUGGAUCCCUCCCAUGCUCAGCGACCUUUGAUCAUGAACCACACCUUUAGUUCGCUGCCCAUGUCCCAGCAUCCGAGCUUCAACAGUUGGCCAGUUGCGACGGGGGGCAAGCAGUUGAGGAACGGCCGGCUGCAUGAGCAACCGCUGCCCCUGCCACAACCCACUUUUCCGGUCGCUACGCAAUACGAGGACUACGAGGUGGCCCCGCCAGGAUCGCGUAGGGAUAACAAACGGCGACUGGCGCAGAUGGCUCAACGGCCAGGAAGUGGAAAUGGCGGACGACGGGGCAUAGAAUCGCUGCGAAAGGAGCUUAUGAACCCCUCGGUGGGGGGCCCAGGUGGAGGAAUCUCCGGCAGCAGUGCCGGCUAUCCCUCCUACUCCGCCACCUCCUCGAUUGGCCGCAUCGAUGGGCUUGGUCAGGGCAUAGGCUCGGCGGAUCGCUAUGGCGAACAGCUGCGACAGCCCAGUGGAAUGGCCGCCAUGACGGCCGGUCCCUUGGGUGGACCCUACUCCACGCGCUUUCCCCCUCUGUACGCCGGUGUCGAUGACCAGCCCAAGCGCUCCAACCAGCGAAAGAACUCCAUCAGCGAGCUGUACAAGCUGAAGAAGGCCUUUAACCAAGCGGACGAGCCGGCCGGUGGUGUGACCCACGGCAAUUUCGAGGGCGAUCCACAGCCCGCGUCGGCGGAUCCGCUGCAGGAGAUCAAGGACCGCAUCCGAGAUACGUCCCCAAAUGCGAACACCUACGCCCCCCACACGGACGCCACGCCCUCGUCGGAGUACGAGUAUGAGCUGGGCGUGAAGUGCAAUUUCGAGACGCCCUGCAGCUGGACGUGGGGAAACUAUACGGAUGGCUUUCAAGUCAUCAGUGGCACGGAACUGGCCAAGUGGAAUCUCACGGGACUGCUGCCAGGACCUGCGGCGGAUAGUAUCGACGAUGCCAACGGACACUUCCUGUACGCCCGCGUGCAUCCGAAUUCGAGGCCUCUAAAUCUCACCUCCCCGGAAUUCAGCACCACAAUGGAAAAAUGCUUCUUGGAGGUGUACAUGCACCAGAGCGACAUGAGCCACGGACUUUCGAGGGUGGUGGUGGAACUGCUGGACACGGCGGGCGGCAGCUGGGUUCCCGCCGAGAUUCUCGGCGAUAAUGUGCGCCAAUGGACCCGGAAAGUGUAUCGCUUGGGUCGCAUUUCCCGCGAUUUCCGCAUUGUCUUCGAGGUCGUGCCCGAUCUGCGAGUGGGCCAAAAGGGUCACGUCGCAGUGGACAACUUACGCAUGGUGAACUGUUUCCCCGAGGGCACAAAAUCGGAGAAGUGCAGCACCUCGCAGGUCAAGUGCACCGCCAACAGAGUGCCCGUGUGCAUCCACCUACCGCGGAUAUGCGAUAUAACCCGGGAUUGCGACGAGGCGGAGGAUGAGCAGCAGUCAUGUGAUAAAAUUCCCUAUGGCGGUCGCUGUGACUUCGAGGAGGACUGGUGUGGAUGGCGCGAUUCGGGGAAGACCACGCUGACCUGGUCGCGGCACACGGGCUCCUCGCCCACCCACGAUACCGGACCGGAUGGCGACCACACCAUGCAGCACCUGCAGAACAACACCAGCGGCUACUACAUGCUGGUCAACAUGAACCAGCAUGCGAACAACACCGAGAAGAACUCGAUCAUCGGGUUCGCCAGCAAUGCGAUCAUGGUCAGCAAGACUUUCAAUCCGCCACCAUCGGUGCAUGGAAAUCCGGACUCCGCCUAUCGCAACUCCUGCGUGGUGAGGUUUUUCAUCCAUCAAUUUGGCAAAAAUCCGGGCAGCAUCAAUCUCUCCGUGGUGGAGAUGAAGGAGAAGGAGAACAUCACCACCACGCUGUGGUGGAGCACUAAGAACCAGGGCAGCGAUUGGCUGCGGGCGGAGUAUGUACUGCCUAACAUAACGUCCAAAUACUAUCUGCAAUUCGAAGCUCGAAUGGGCAUGCGAAUCUACUCGGAUGUGGCCGUGGAUGACUUCUCACUGAGUCCUGAAUGUUUUGGACUCAACAUUCCAGAGGAUCACCUGGGUGGCUACAAUUACUGGGAUGUCCGACAGAAUCUGAAGAGUCCUACCUACAAGGACUUUGAGUACACGAACUAUCUUGAGCUAACCAGCUGUGAUACGCGUGGCAUGAUAGGACCAUCGCAGGCGCAAUGUGAAGCCGCCUACAAGGAGCAGAACAAGACGCAUAUCCUGCGGGAAGUCCAUGUGGUGGAGGACCAGAGCAGCUACAAGGGCAUGCAAAAGUGGAAGGUUCCCCACGAGGGUCACUACACAAUCAUUGCCAAGGGCGCCAGUGGAGGCCUGGGAUCGGGCGGAGUGGGCAGCUCUCGAGGAUCGGUGGCUGUGGCCGUGCUGGAGCUGCACAAACACGAGGAACUCUACUUUCUGGUGGGCCAGCAGGGCGAGAAUGCCUGCAUCAAGUCGAUGGGAGUACUCAAAGAAGCCGGCUGCGGUACCGAUCACGACCUGGAUCUGGGUCAAUAUAGCUUCCGUUCCAAGCAGGAUAUGGUCAAGAAUAUCUAUAUCGAAAAUGGCGCCGGCGGCGGAGGCGGUGGAUCCUACGUGUUCCUCCUCAAUCAGGCCAAAAACGAGGCAGUGCCUCUGCUGGUGGCCGGUGGUGGUGGCGGUCUGGGCAUAGGUCAGUACAUAGACGAGGACUUCCAGCACGGACAAAAGGCGAAGCCGCUGCAGGCGCCGGAAAGUGGCCAAAUUAAUGGAGAGCCGCUAAACAAGAAGACCGCCGGUCCAGGUGGCGGAUGGCGGGCCAAGGAGGACCAGGCCUUGAGCCCCACCAAUGGAGCUGCCCUGCUGCAGGGCGGUCGUGGUGGUCACUCCUGCUACGUGGAACUGGCGGACAACGGCACCUCCGUGCACAGACAUGGCCAGGGUGGAUUCGGCGGCGGCGGAGGUGGCUGCAACACCGGUGGCGGAGGUGGUGGCUACGCCGGCGGAGAUGUCUACCUCACCGAGUCCAAUGGCGAGGGCGGCAGUUCGUACAUCAGCGCGAGUCGCAGUCUGCGGGAAAUAAGCGACAUCCAUGCGGGUGCCAGCAGUGGACCGGGUGCCAUCAUCAUUAUCCCGGCGAUUGAGGGCUGCGGCUGCGACUACAGGUGUGUCGCACUGGACGAGUUCCGGUCGAAGGUGCGCUGCAUUUGCCCGGACGGCUGGAGUCUGAAGCGGGACAACCACACCGCCUGCGAAAUUCGCGAGGAGGCGGGUCAGUCGUCCUUCCAGUAUCUCGUCACCAUCCUGAUGGUAUCGCUGGCCGUGCUCUUCAUCUGCAUCGCGGCACUCAUCUUUAUGCUGUACAAUCGCUAUCAACGUAAGAAGCAGUCAAAGAAGCGCCACAAGAUGCUCGUGGAGCAGGAUCUGCAGCUGACACGCCUGCGCAACAACAUCGACGACUCCAAUCUUAACAACUUCAAUCCCAACUACGGAUGCGAUGGCAUCCUCAAUGGCCACAUCGAUGUCAACAGCUUACCCCAAGUGGCACGCGAUAGCCUCCAGUUGGUCAAUGCUUUGGGCAAGGGAGCUUUUGGUGAGGUCUAUAUGGCACUGUAUCGCCAUCGCGACGGGGAUGCUGUGGAAAUGGGCGUGGCAGUGAAAACGCUGCGGGAAGAUCCCAAGCGGGAGAAGGAGGAGGAUUUCCUUAAGGAGGCUGCCAUAAUGGCCAAGUUCAAUCACCCGAAUAUGGUGCAUUUAAUAGGCGUCUGCUUCGAUCGCCAGCCAUAUUAUAUAGUGUUGGAACUGCUGGCCGGCGGGGAUCUGCAGAAGUUCCUGAGGGAGAACAGGAAUACCCCCGAACGCCCAUCGCUGUUGACCAUGAAGGAUCUGCUUUUCUGCGCCUUGGACGUGGCCAAGGGAUGUCGCUAUAUGGAGAGCAAGCGAUUCAUUCAUCGUGACAUUGCCGCCCGCAAUUGUUUACUGAGCAGCAAAGGCCCCGGUCGAGUGGUGAAGAUUGCCGACUUUGGCAUGUCCCGGGAUAUCUACAGAUCAGAUUACUAUCGCAAGGGUGGCAAGGCCAUGUUGCCCAUCAAGUGGAUGCCACCGGAGGCCUUCCUCGAUGGCAUAUUCACCUCCAAGACGGACGUGUGGUCCUUUGGCAUUCUGCUGUGGGAGGUCUUCAGCUUGGGCCGUUCGCCAUAUCCGGGUCAGCAUAACACCCAGGUGAUGGAGCUGGUGGUGCGUGGCGGUCGACUGGGCUCACCCACCGAGUGCCCUGUCUCCAUCUACAAGGUCAUGGCCGACUGCUGGAAUCCCACGCCCGAGGAUCGGCCCACCUUCAUCAGUUUGCUGGAGCAUUUGACGGCCUGCACGCAGGAUCCGAGCAUAAUGAAUGCCCCGCUGCCCAAUAUUUUGGGACCGACGGCCUCCGAGAGGGACGACACUGUCAUCCGGCCGCCCAAUGGCGAGGAGUUCUGCCUGGCAGUGCCCGACUAUCUGGUUCCGCUGCCACCAGGUGGUGGCAGUGGAGGCAAUCCCUCGGUGGCCAGCAGUUCGGGCUAUGUCCCAGAAUCGCAGCGCCAGCAGAUGAGCUCCUGCACUCCGCCAGCGGUCACAUCCCCGGCUGCACCACAUCCGCGGCCAGUAGAGAGCAUGGCCCCCACUUUGGCAAACGGAGAUUGCUGGGAGACGUCCUUUAUACUACCCAAUGCGAAAGGUGGAAGGGUGGAGCCGCCAGAUGCUCCACUGGCGAGUGGCGAGGAGGCCAAGCUCAUCAGCCUGGACACACCGCAGCCCACACCCACUACCAUCCAGCCGCCGCUGUCCUUCGCCUCGCAGCUGGACGGGAUUACGCUGGAUCCUUCGGCUCUCGGCAAGAGUUUGCCCAAUGGCAAUGCCAAGCAGUCGUAUGCCAAUGUGCAGGUGAAACAAAACGAAGGGGCGGAGGGCAAGGUCAUCAACGGGGUUAGCAAUGGAGCGGUGAUGAAUGGAGACGUCUCCACGGGAUCAGCAGGUGGUGCCGACUCACCAUUCACCAUUCAGGGAUAUGCGGAACGCUACAAGGACAACAACAAUCAUUCCGAAAUCAGUUGUUAAAAGCCACCACGGUGCCACCAAGGGAUGCCAAUGUCAGUACACAACACUUUCAAAAGCAAAGCAAAGUCUUUGGAUUUCUGGCAGAUUUUUAAAGAUUUCUAAAAUCUUUAAGCAAAAUGACCUUUAUAAUUUGUAACCACUGACUUGUAAACUCUGAGUCGCUCAUAUGAGUUUGUCUUGUUUUGGGGCAAUCACAAUUUGCUUGCGCCUCACCAGCGCAUUAAGUGUAUGAAUUCUCAAUUUACAAUGAGAGAAAAACCAAAAAUUGGAAUAGCAAAAACCGAGUGAGAACUUCACAAAAAAAAUUUUAUUGUAAUUUAAUCUUAAAUUUGUAUUGCGUAAAACAAAAACAAAAAACCAAAGUCGGAUAAAACAAAAAAAAAGAGAAAGUAAUACAUAAAUUUAGUUGAAAUAAAUAGUUUAGUUUUUUACCAGAUAUUAGUUUUGCGAAAGAAAAAACCAAAAUUGUGCAAGAGGUUGUAUAUAUUAAUUGUAUCUUAGUUUAACAAUUACCCUUAAAUAAUUUAUUUGUUUUUUUUUUUAACCAUUUUAGUUUUCUAACUUUAGUUAACUUUUUAAGCUGAUGACUGAAAUGCCAAACAAUAUUCCUAAAGUAAAAAAAAAGAAAAGAGCGAAACGUUAGCUUAUUUUUAAUACGCAGUCCAGAACCGGGAACCAAGUUGUCAACUCAAAGUAGUUCAAAGUCUCUAACACAGCUCGUUUAAAGUUCGCAACAAUACCACAAAUGUAGUCAGACAGAUAUGCCACAUAUGUUUUUAAAAUAGGAUAUAUUUUAAUUUAGGAUUCUCAAUUCUUAUAUGGUUUACUCCGGGAAAAAUAAAAUAGAGUGUAAAUAACAAGCUUCCGUCGUAGCGAAUUACGUAUAUUAAAUGUAUUUGAAUAGUCUUAAGGCAAAUGAAAAACAAAAAAACAGUAGCAUGUAAAGCGAUAGAAGAAAAACUACAAUUUACAGGGUGAUUUUUAUGAAAAUUCAGUUGUAUGUUUGAAAAACAAAAAUUAGCAUUAACGAAACCAAGAUGACGCAACGACUUUCAGCUCAAUUUGAGUUGCUGAAAAUGUUGUAAAAUAUUGUUUUAGCACAGCCCUGUAUUUGUUCAUAAACAUUAUAAUGCUCUUUUUUUUAGGUGUUGGAUUGGAAUUCGAAAUUUUGUAAAUUUAGUUGGAACAUAACGAACAAGCUUUAAAUUAUAUAAUUUUUAUAAAGAUAUAUUAACGAUAUACAAGUGAGGCGAAAACAUAAUAUUUAACCAAGCAGAAAAUAUAUAAAUUAUACAAGAACGGGGCUCCCAAGAGCCAAUUUUGAUUUACUAUAUAUUGAGGUAUAAUUAGAUGUAAGAAAAUUGAGUGUGUGUUUAAAACAACAAAUCGAAUAAAACAAAAAAUAUAUAUAUACUUAGAUAAUGAUACAGAAACAUACAUAUAUAGGAAGGAUAAUGUUAUGUCUGUUUUGCUUUAUGUACAAGUCUAUGGUUAUAUGCGCAUACAUCUAUAUACACGCAAACAUAUUCUCGUAUAUAAACAUAUGUAUAAUCAACUUAUAUAUCCAAAAUGUAUGUGCGACUAAGCGAACCGUAAAAUUAAAAUGCUGAACAAGCGGAAACCAAAAAUCCUGUAAAUUACAUUAUUAAUUACAUAGUUCUUACCCGCAUUUUCAGACGAGCUCCCGAUUCUCCAUUUUUAUGUUUAACAAUGAAAUAACGUAUGAUUUGUAUCUCAAAUAAUUAUUGUUUUACAUUUUAAAGUAAUACUUAAACAACUCUGUAGAUUAUUUCAGCCCGAUUUUAUUUUCUUAAAUAAUUUUGUUAUGAUAUAUUAAGUUUAACAUUUUUCGAUGAAUUUAAAAUGAAAGGACGGCUGAAAAUACACCAUACAUUAUACUUUAGAUGCGACUUGUCACACGAAACACCGGAACCCAAACAAAAAAUGUACAAAAUAAAAUAAAAAACCAAUUGAGACAAAAAUAUAAAUAGACAAAAAUCGAACAAUGUAUGAUCUAAAAGAAUGCUCAAUAAGUAUACAUCUCAGCAUCCAUGGCUUACACUUAGUCUUAACACUUAAUCGAGUCGUUAACUUGACAGUAUUUUUUUGUUGUUGUACGUGUAUCUAUAAUGGUUGUGCCGAGGCAUCUUAUGUAAGCGAAAUAAACUUACCAAAAUGCAUUACACACACAUCUCCAGGAGAUCCUUUCCGAAUACAUGCAUAUGUAUAAAUACACAGACACCUGCGAACAGGAUUCCCACACAUUUUUGUACCCUGACAACAUUACCUUGUGUACCUAAGCCCACAACCUGAAAGAGAAGAGUUCAAGAUGCAUAUAUCCGCAGAUCGUUGAUUAAUUGUUGGCACUGGUUCAGUUUGAGAUUUUUGGGUCUUGGAUUCGGGAAGAGGAAUCUAUAUUCGUUCGUUACGUUUAAGAUGUUUUUACUAAAUUCAUUUAAUAUGAUGAUAAUGUUUAAAUAUGAAUUGAAGAUUAUUCGAUUGGUAUUUAAAAUAAAAACCCUGGUUGAAUUUUUUGCCACUUGGCUUGCUGAUUGGGAACUGAAGGUUUUUUUGAAGCUUAGAACCAGGUCAAGGCAUUUACUCCCGGUGAGAUAAAUCAUUUUUGGCAGCAUAAACGAUUUUGAUUGGAAUAUCAGUAGCUUUGCAUACACUUCAUUUCUCCACAAUAACAAUUCGCAACGAUGUUUAGAAAAAAAAACACAAAUUAUAUAUAUUUAAAGACAAAUUUAAGAAACGAGAUAAGUAUAAAGAUCACACAAUAAAUGGUAUUUUUAUAUACUACGAAAAACCCCGCAAAAAAAGAGAAAAACCAAAAGACAAAAAAAUUGAAUGCAAGUUUAGUGCAUGCGAAGAGGCUUAAACUUAGCUCUAGCUAUAAAAUAUUAAUAAAAAAAACAAAAUUAAUGGUUUUCAUUUAAAAUCGUAAAUUAUUUUGUUACAUUUAAAAAGUAAAGGCAAAACUAAACGAAAAACAAAAA